UAAAUGUUACCAUAUGUUACAGGUCUUGGAAACAUGAUAGAACCAGCCAGUCUUUUCCCUUUUUGUUUGCUUUUCCCUCUGUUGCCUCAUUCAUGCUAACUCGUGUUUUAUUCUAUUACAUAUCCUCUCUCUUUAGACAUAUGUACAAGUACUGUAUAUAUACAAACACAGUAGUUGGUUUAUUCUUUGUUUUCAAAAGGUGGAUAAUUCUUUAUACUUCUGUAUCUUGCUUUCCAUAUUCAACAGCUGCACAAGGAAAUCAUACCAAGUCAGAGGUUUAUUGGUACUUUGUUAACUUUUCAUAACCACAUAGUAGUCCAUGAGCCUUAAUUUUUUUUUUUCCAGCCAGUCCCCUAAGGGCAUUCACAUGGCUUACAGAUUUGGGUGCUUACAAAGGUGCCAUCAUAAACAUCUUGGCACAUUGUUCUUCGUUCCUGGUGCUUUUCCACCUCUCUUUGGUUAGAUCAUCAGGAGGGGAAAUGCUGGGUUGAAGGAGAUGUGCAUUUGCAAGUACAACAGAUAUUGUUAGAUCGCUUUCCAAAUAGGUGAUAGCACUACACUUCUGCUGUUGAGCUCCCUUUUUGUCACUCUCCACCACCUACAGAUGUUAUAGCCUUAAAAGCAUUUUGUCAGUCUGAUUUGUAUUUCCCUGACUCUGGUGAUUUUGACUAUUUAAAAAAAAAGUGUUUGUUGGCAACUUGGCUUUGCUCUUCUGUGAAACAACUAUUGAAAUUCUUUGGCCAUUUCUCUGUUGGGUUGUUUAUAUAUAUUUUUCUUGUCAAUUUGUAAGAGUUCUUAGUUUAUUAUAAUUAUUAACCAUUUUUCUGUUAAGUUUGUUAUAAACAUUUUUUGCAGAUUUGUUUUUUGUUCAAAGCCAUUAUUUAUAAGGUAUUUUGCCCUUUACACAUUAGGGGAUUGGGACUUUAGACAAGUUACUUAACUGAUCUCUGCUCCAGUUUCUUCAUGUGUUAAAUGUGGAUAGUAACAGUAUCCACCUUAUAAAGUGACUGUGAGAUAAAAUUAUGGAUUCUGUUUAAGGGUUUAGCCCAGUGUCUGGCACAUGAGAAGCAUUCUAAAAAUAUAGCUGAUGCUGUUAAACAAUUACUGUUGUCAUUUUAUUGCUUUUAUCCCCAAAGCAGCCCAUUCUCUCUCUUGUCUGUUGAUGUUGGCUGUGACCCAAUUCCCCUGAUUAACUUACCCCACUACCCACCUUGUCCCCUGCAGAGAUGCUGCCCCCACCCCCUUAAGCCUGAGUGAUCAGGAGCUAUGGGGCCAGGGGCCCUCUCAUCUCUACUGCUGCUGCUGCUGCUCUUGGUGGCAAAUGGAGAUACUGACAUGAAGGGCCAUUUUGACCCUGCCAAGUGCCGCUAUGCCCUGGGCAUGCAGGACCGGACCAUCCCGGACAGUGACAUCUCUGCCUCCAGCUCCUGGUCGGACUCUACUGCUGCCCACCACAGCAGGUUGGAGAGCAGUGAUGGGGAUGGGGCCUGGUGCCCCGCAGGGUCCGUGUUUCCCAAGGAGGAAGAGUACCUGCAGGUGGAUCUACAGCGGCUGCACCUGGUGGCUCUGGUGGGCACCCAAGGGCGGCAUGCCGGGGGCCUGGGCAAGGAGUUCUCCCGCAGCUACCGGCUGCGUUACUCCCGGGAUGGCCAGCACUGGAUGGACUGGAAGGACCGCUGGGGUCAGGAGGUGAUCUCAGGUAAUGAGGACCCUGAGGGAGUGGUGCUGAAGGACCUUGGUCCGCCUAUGGUGGCCCGGCUGGUUCGCUUCUAUCCCCGGGCUGACCGGGUCAUGAGCGUCUGUCUGCGGGUGGAGCUCUAUGGCUGCCUCUGGAGGGAUGGCCUCCUGUCUUACACAGCCCCUGUGGGGCAGACCAUGUACUUAUCUGAGGCCGUGCACCUCAAUGACUCCACCUACGAUGGACAUACUGUUGGCGGGCUGCAGUAUGGUGGUCUGGGCCAGCUGGCAGAUGGCGUGGUAGGGCUGGAUGACUUUAGGAAGAGCCAGGAGCUGCGGGUCUGGCCAGGCUAUGACUAUGUGGGAUGGAGCAACCACAGCUUUCCCAGCGGCUAUGUGGAGAUGGAGUUUGAGUUUGACCGGCUGAGGGCUUUCCAGGCCAUGCAGGUCCACUGUAACAACAUGCACACGCUGGGAGCCCGCCUGCCUGGUGGGGUGGAAUGUCGCUUCAAACGUGGCCCUGCCAUGGCCUGGGAGGGGGAGCCUGUGCGCCAUGCCCUGGGGGGCAGCCUGGGUGACCCCAGAGCCCGGGCUGUCUCAAUGCCCCUGGGUGGCCGCGUGGGGCGCUUUCUGCAGUGCCGCUUCCUCUUUGCGGGGCCUUGGUUACUCUUCAGCGAAAUCUCCUUCAUCUCUGAUGUGAUCAAUGACUCCUCUCCAGCUCUGGGGGGCACCUUCCCGCCAGCCCCCUGGUGGCCACCUGGCCCGCCUCCCACCAACUUUAGCAGCUUGGAGUUGGAGCCCAGGGGCCAGCAGCCUGUGGCCAAGGCUGAGGGGAGCCCAACCGCCAUCCUCAUUGGCUGCCUGGUAGCCAUCAUCCUGCUGCUGCUGCUCAUCAUCGCCCUCAUGCUCUGGCGGCUGCACUGGCGCAGGCUCCUAAGCAAGGCCGAGCGACGAGUAUUAGAAGAGGAGCUUACGGUUCACCUCUCUGUCCCUGGGGACACCAUCCUCAUCAACAACCGCCCGGGUCCUCGAGAGCCACCCCCUUACCAGGAGCCCCGGCCUCGUGGGAAUCCGCCCCACUCUGCUCCCUGUGUCCCCAAUGGCUCUGCCUGCAGUGGGGACUACAUGGAGCCUGAGAAGCCAGGUGCCCCACUGUUGCCCCCACCUCCCCAGAACAGCGUCCCCCAUUAUGCCGAGGCUGACAUUGUCACCCUGCAGGGUGUCACCGGGGGCAACACCUAUGCUGUGCCUGCGCUGCCCCCAGGGGUGGCUGGGGAUGGACCCCCCAGAGUGGAUUUCCCUCGGUCACGGCUCCGCUUCAAGGAGAAGCUUGGCGAGGGCCAGUUUGGGGAGGUGCACCUCUGUGAGGUGGAGAGCCCUCAAGAUCUAGUCAGUCUUGAUUUUCCCCUUAAUGUUCGCAAGGGACACCCCUUGCUGGUAGCUGUCAAGAUCCUACGGCCAGAUGCCACCAAGAAUGCCAGGAAUGAUUUCCUGAAGGAAGUGAAAAUCAUGUCGAGGCUCAAGGAUCCAAACAUCAUUCGGCUCCUGGGCGUGUGUGUGCAGGACGACCCCCUCUGCAUGAUUACUGAUUACAUGGAGAACGGCGACCUCAACCAGUUCCUCAGUGCCCACCAGCUGGAGGACAAGGCGGCUGAAGGGGCCCCUAGAGAUGGGGAGGCUGUCCAGGGACCCACCAUCAGCUACCAGAUGUUGUUACAUGUGGCAGCCCAGAUCGCUUCGGGCAUGCGCUAUCUGGCCACACUUAACUUUGUGCAUCGGGACCUGGCCACGCGGAACUGCCUGGUUGGGGAAAAUUUCACCAUCAAAAUCGCCGACUUUGGCAUGAGCCGGAACCUCUACGCUGGGGACUAUUACCGCGUGCAGGGCCGGGCGGUGCUGCCCAUCCGGUGGAUGGCGUGGGAGUGCAUCCUCAUGGGGAAGUUCACGACAGCAAGUGAUGUGUGGGCCUUCGGGGUUACCCUGUGGGAGGUGCUGAUGCUCUGCAGGGCCCAGCCCUUUGGGCAGCUCACUGAUGAGCAGGUCAUCGAGAACGCAGGGGAGUUCUUCAGGGACCAGGGCCGGCAGGUGUACCUGUCCCGGCCACCUGCCUGCCCGCAGGGCCUGUAUGAGCUGAUGCUUCGGUGCUGGAGCCGGGAGCCUGAGCAGCGACCUCCGUUUUCCCAGCUGCAUCGGUUCCUGGCAGAGGAUGCGCUCAACACAGUGUGAAUCACAACAUCCAGAUGCCCCCUCCCUCAGGGAGCGAUGCAGGGGAAGCCAGAGACACUAAAACAAGAGGAGCCAACAACACCCCCACCCCCAACCCCUCCCAACUACCCAACACCUCUGAGAGAGGCAGUGGGAGCGCAGGUGGGCUGGGCCCACCAAGGAGCUGAUGCCCCUUUCCGUGAACAAGCUUUAUGUACCUUCCUGUUCCUCCUUCCAUUUCCUCCCUAGAAGCCCCCGCCACCCACCCAGCUGGUCCUGUGGAUGGGAUCCUCUCUGACCUCCUCUAGCCACCCUUUGGGAAAGGUGGGAGCAAAUACAGGGCAGACACUGGACAUGGCCCGUUGGAGCACCUGGGCCCCACUGGACAACACUGGUUCCUGGAGAGGUGGCUGUGCCCCCAGCCUCUCUCUCUUCCUGUCACACACUGGACCCCACUGGCUGAGAAUCUGUGGAGGUGAGGAAGGCAAGAAAGGGAGAAAGAUGUUCCCUUGUGCCUAUUUCUGGAAUUGUCCUCAGCUUUGGCUUCUUCCUCCUCCACCACCUGAAACACUGGACCUGGGAGGUGGCCUCUGCCCCAACCCUCAGCCAUCACCACUUCCCACCUACCAUGUUGUAGCUAGAACUUCUCUAAGCCUGUAUGUUUCUGUGGAGUAAAUAUUGGGAUUAGGGGGAAAGAGGGAGCAACGGCCCAUGGCCUUGGGAUUGGACAUCUCUGUCGUAGCUGCCACAUUGGUUUUUCUAUAAUCACUUGGGGUUUGUACAUUUUUGGGGGGAGAGACACAGAUUUUUACACUAAUAUAUGGACCUAGCUUGAGGCAAUUUUAAUCCCCUGCACUAGGCAGGUAAUAAUAAAGGUUGAGUUUUCCACA